AUGCUUACGCCGCCGAUCAACAUCAAAAACUGGAUAGCCGAAAACGGUCACUUGUUGAAACCGCCCGUCAACAACUAUUGUCUUCACCGUGGGGGUGCGACUGUUAUGAUAGUAGGAGGGCCCAACGAGAGAACUGACUACCAUGUGAACCAGACCCCAGAGUAUUUCCACCAGCUCAAAGGGAAAAUGUGCUUGAAAGUUGUUGAUGAAGGUGAGUUCAAGGACAUUGUGAUCGAAGAAGGCGACUCGUUUUUGUUACCAGGGAAUGUGCCUCACAACCCCGUGAGGUUUGCCAAUACCAUUGGCUUGGUGGUGGAGCAGGAUCGGCCCGAGGGAGUCAACGACAAGAUCCGGUGGUACUGCCGUAAUUGCAAAGAAAUCGUGCACGAGAUUGUGUUCUACUGCUCGGAUUUGGGCACACAGGUUAAGGAGGCCAUUUUGUCGUUCGAUGGGGACGACGAGGCCAGGACAUGCAAGAAGUGUGGCGAGUACAACUACUCGAAGCCACAGGUCUAG